AUGGUGAUCCUCUCCGCCAGAUCUUCCAGUCGUUUUGAGUCGCAGUGCGACGCACUGCAGAAAACGUUCUUCACUGUUGACCAGAAGAAGAGGAAGAAGAAAAAGAAGAAGAAGAUGAUGAUGAUGAUGAUGAAGAAAGAGGAGGAGGAGGAGGAGGAGGAGGAGGAGGAGGAGGACGAGAGGUCCCCGAGAAGUAACAGAUUUUUAGUCAGGUAAUUCGAAAGCAAAUGGGUUUUUGACAAUAAAAGAGACGAUGCGAGUUCCAGAAAGUUGUCGCGGGAAAGGAGACAAGAUAGCUGGGACAAGAUAUUGAUUAACCUGUGUUUCGGAUUCUCACUCGAAUCAAUCAUCAGAGCUAGAGUCAGAUAAUAAUAGUGAAUUGCCCAGGUGUUGCAAUAUUAAUUGGAUGCAGUUGCUAGGCCGCAACAUUCCUAUCACGGUUAGCAGCUACCCAGGGCGUUACUGUUCGACUGGCGAGGUGUUGAAGUAUGCAGCUGCCAUGCAGUUGCUACGCUCCCAUGUGACGGUCAAGGUUAUCGGCUCCCACGCUCAUCGCAGGCAGUCGAGUUGAUGACUGACAGAUUUCGUCAUCUGUGUGGACUCUUAGUCAAUUUGGCUCGUCAACAUUGAUAUCAGGAACAGUGGUCAUCCGAACGUUCUCCACGCGGCUAACUACUUACCCAAGAAGAAGUUCCAGCACCGGAUGUGGAAAGGGGGGUCGCUGCGCUUGUUUGUUGAUUGAGGAGUGGAAAACCAUGACUCGAGCAGUUCGCGGCUCACGCGAUUGUCGUCUCUAGCGAUAAUGCCUGCUUUGUCAAACUUAGGUGUGUGGUUGGGUCCCGUUGAAUGAGCUGCGAGUUAGGAGUUGGUGUCCUUCCUCCUCACUGCUGCCGCGUGCUCGGCCAUACCCGUCCGCAGUAGUCUUCUGGUUUUUCCGACAUAGUUGAUUGCCCACAGCUGCGUCAGACAUGGUAAACGACUCCAGAUGUUUCUUGCCGUGGCAAUGGGUCUUUCGACCCUUAAGUUCUGGCGCCUUAUGGUUGCCUCCGAUCUGCGUGCAAUUAUAAUUCCAAUUUUAUCUUUGCCUCUGAUGAUGUAUUCGAAUGGAAAUCCGAAACGUCAGGCAAAAAAAAACAGUUGUUCCAGCGAUCGUGUCUCCUUCUCCGCAAAUAGGUUUUUAUCGUCUGAUGAUUGGCUAACAGUGCACUCCAGACGCACCAGGCCCAACAGAGAGACUACGGUCGAUAGGAUAGCGUAGCUCAGGACAGGCAGUAUACGUAGGGGUUGUGGGGGAGAGGGCGAAGCCACUGUAGUCGGUUGGGCAGCAGUGACAACCAAUACGAAUUCUGCGAUAUUUGUAUCAUGGAGAUCGACUACCCCUUUGUCAGACCAGGAAUCAUGGUGGAUAUGUCAAUUCAGGCACAGUCUCGUAUAUUAAAUUUGAUAAGCAAUCGGUUAUCGGGAUCAAAAACGCUGCUAAAUACUGUGAAGCGCAAUGUUAGUCGAUAAUUCCAUGAUGGAAGCCUACUUACUUCUGAAACACCGGGACAAUAAAAUUUCAGGUUCCGAGAUUUCUUCUUCCAACUUGUGCUUGUGUACACGUAUUAUUGCCUCUGUCGACACUUAGCUGUCGCCCGACCCACCUCUUGUCCAUUCUUCAUUCCUCACGCUGCUACAGACAACCAUGAAAUGAUCAGGACUCAGUCGAACAGAUGGGCUUAGCACUUUGCAUACAUUUUCCGUUAAAUUGUUUCGGGCUGUUUCAUUUUACCAUUGGUUGUUUCCAAUUUGUACCCUGUAGUCUGACAGGCGUGAUGACAUUUCCCUGGUUUAUAGACAAUCAAAGUGUAUUAUUUGGUCACCAAACGGAUUUCCAUUUGAUAAGAAUGUUCUUGUACCGUUCUCUUGGCUAAGGUCGUACACGAAGAACGAUACAACGUUCGGCGCUGUUAGCACUUUCUAUUUAACCGUUAAGAGUAGCCAUAGAAGUUAAAUAUCACGUGGUGUGUUUUGCCUCUCCAAAACGCGUCAAGAAAAAUAACGUUGGUAUGUGGCCUGCGGGUCCCUUGAGAGAUUAUGGUGUAGUUUUGUUUAAUGAGUAACAAUCGGGAGAGGGCGCCCAAAUGUCCGUUAGAAAUAAUACCUGACAUGCCUAUUUGAGUAGGUUAUGGCCCUGAAUAUUUGUUAUUUCAUUCGACCUCAAUUUUAUCUGAUCUGCAGUGAACAUGUUGCCCCACUUAGAUUAUCAUAGUCUCCAACAGUUGAGAUGCGACCGCUGCAGACCGAGCCAUGGUUAAUCAAUCUUGACCUAGGCUUACACGGCUGAAGAGUAUCAACUGUAGUGUGUUUGCGGCUAAAUCUACCCUUGCAUACCUUAGGAGAGUUGAGAAACGAUCGCUGUAGACCGAAAAUUGUUUUGCCAUCCUUCACAUAUGCUUGUCUAGGUCAUGAGCGACGACAUUAGUCCGUUUGCGGCUUACUUUAGAACAACAUAGCUAAGGAAAGUUGAGUACUGAUCGCUUUAGACAAAUCCUAUGUUUACCAACCUUAACAUUCGCUUCCACAGGUGAAGAGCGAGCGCAGUAUUCGAUAUGCGGCUUAAUCUAUGGUAGCAUACGUUCAUACACUGGCGAUACGAUCGUUGUGGGCCUGCCCUUUGGCUUAUCCAUUAUGGCCAUUUCUUCCUUAGGUGAGGAAUGUCCGCACUUGCAGGUAUGCGGCUCAAUCUAUGGCACCAUACCCUUUGGACAGUUGCAAAACGAUCGCCGUAAACCCACCCUACGUUAAACAACCCUAAUAUAAGCUUCCAUUGCUGAAAAGCGACCGCAGUAGUCCCUAUGCGGAUUAUUCUAUAGUAGCUUACCUACGGACAAUUACAAUACGAUCACCGUUGACGGAGCACUUGGAUUAUCAAUUUUUACCUUUAUUUCCAGAGGUCAGGAUCAACCGCAGGUGCCAGUGUGCGGCUCAGUCAAUGGCUGCAUAGCUUAAGACAGUUGCGAUAAGAUCCCUGCGUUGGCCAGCGGUAUUCUUUUGGGUGCCCUCUCCUGAUUGUUACCGUUUAAUGUUUAUCCGGAGGCAACCUGCGACUCGUAUAACGCUCGUUUUUGUUCUAACGAUUCGGAGUAUUUCGCCGAAUCAUUUCCACUUCAACUGACUAUGAAGAGUACUUAAGUUGUGCUGGCAUGACAGGACGGUCUGGGAAAGGACCGGAAUUAUUAACAUCCGCGUCAUGUAAAAACCGUUGCAAAUACAGUGAUGUGUCCACCUUGUGAGGAUGGAUGGCGAGACCCUACAAAAAAUGGCUCCUCAGUGACUGGCUUGUAAUGGGUGCUUGCUGAAAGAGGGGGCAAAAGCGAUGCUACAUGGAUAUCCUGAGAACCACCUUCAAGGAUAUGUAAAUAAACCUGGCGACACGGCACUUCGAACAGAAUCGGCAAAACUGGGAAAUUGCCGUGAAGAAUGUAUUACUAGUCUUUUAAGCCCACGGUGCAGUUAUUGUCAGGGCAUGAAUAGCGUCUCGUCAGUCUUAGGUGUCGCGAACCAACAAUUUUAGCAUCAAACUUGUUCUUGUCCACGCUGUUAAAGGACAUUUCGUGAGCUGGUAGGUUUCAUUGGAAAUUUCCGGACCCCGUGUGUUAUGAGCACGACAUCUCCUCUUCCCACCCCAGAAAACGCUUCCACCGUCGCCGUUACCACAACUCCCAAGACGUCGGUGGCGACAAUCGCAAACCCACCGCCAAUUAACACAGUCUCGAGGCCCCGCCAAACACCACCGCCACCCCACCAUCAUAACUGUGCCACCACUAUCCCAUCAUCACCACCACUACCUCCACCACCGCCACCAUUAUUACCAUCAUUUCCACCCACAUCGAUUCGUUAA